GUGUCGCUACCCUCUACUAGGCCGACAUUACGACACUCAGAUCUUUUUUUUAUUUGAUUCAAUCGAACGUGCACGCUAAUCGAGUGCAACAACUGGAAAAAUGAAGAUGGCGGACGGAUGUGUAUUCUUCAGAAGAAAUAGACCCGGAACUACAGCAAAGAAUUUCUGUAGGUGGCCUGAUGAACCCUUUGAAGAAAUGGACAGCACGCUGGCCGUGCAACAAUAUAUUCAACAGAUGAUUAGAAGAGAUCCAUCUAAUGUCGAUCUAAUAUUGAAAAUGCCAGAAGCACAAGAUGAAGCAGUAUGGAAAUAUGAACAUUUAAGACAGUUUUGUAUGGAACUCAAUGGUUUAACAGUAAGACUACAAGCAGAAUGCCAUCCAGAAGCUUGUACUCAAAUGACAGCUACUGAACAGUGGAUAUUUCUGUGUGCUGCACAUAAAACACCUAAAGAAUGUCCAGCUAUUGAUUAUACACGACAUACACUCGAUGGUGCAGCUUGUUUGCUUAACAGUAAUAAGUAUUUUCCUAGCAGAGUAAGUAUCAAAGAAUCUUCAGUAGCAAAACUUGGAUCUGUUAGCCGGAGAGUUUACAGAAUCUUCUCUCAUGCAUAUUACCAUCAUAGAACAAUAUUUGAUGAAUUUGAGAAUGAGACUUUUUUAUGCCGCAGGUUUACAGCAUUUGUGACAAAAUAUAAUUUGAUGUCAAAAGAAAGUUUAAUAGUACCAAUUAUGGAAGAAGAAGGAACGACAGAAAGUGAAGCGUAGAACUUGAAUGUUUAUUUAUAUUGUCCAAAAUUGAUUUGUCAAAUUUAAUGAAAUCAUUGGUAAUAUUGAUAUAUCGCUGAAAUAUCUCUUGUAGUUAUAAUUAUUACAAGAGUAUUGAAAAUUUUUGCUAAUCUGUCUAGAAAUAUAUUAUUAGAAUUUCUUGUUAUUAAUUGAAUUAAGAUUCAUUUUAAUACAGUCUUUGCUAACAGGAAUUUAUUGUAUAAAGUAACUUUUCUUGCUUAAAAAUUAUAUUUAUAGUAUUUACUUAUCAUUGAAUGUGUAAAGUGUGGAAGGUAUAGUUGAAGUUAUGAUCCAGCCAUUACUAAGUCUUUGUAUAAAGAUGAAUUUAUUUUAAACAAAUGUAUUAUACCUUCUACACAAUACAUUAAGUUAAAAUAAUUCUGUACUAAUGAAUUUUACAUGAGUUUACGUUGUUAAUGUAACAAAAUAGUUUUAAACAUUUUUGAAAACAUAAUUUUACCAAAUGGCAUUUCAUGAAAUAAUAUAACAAGAAAUUCAAGAAAA